CUACAAGAUUGAUGCCUAUUCUACAUGAAACAAUGAUCCAGUUCUAGCAGCCCGCUAUCGAAAUCUAUAGCAUGGUAGAAGGUCCAGGUCUUUUGUCGCAUUUCUGCAUGGCGACAGACUCCCUAACGGCGCUGCACAUGUCUGUCUCCUUACUUUCCUUUCAACCUAACAAACUCCUCGGACAGCAACACCGAUGGUCUCGGUUCGACAGACGUUGGAGGUCGCGGCAUGGGCGUACGUUUUCCACGUUGUUCGUUGCCUUGCCCUUGCGGUAGGCUCACUUAGCUUCUGAAGAAGAAGCAGGAGAAAAGAAGGUAUAUGUAGGGGAGAUGCAACCUGCCAAAAACCUUCCAGCUUUCUCUUCAAGCCUCUUGCUUGUCCUUUAAUUCUUUAUACACUCUUUUUGUGGUCGCUUCGACUACUAGUCAUUCUUUUAGACUCCUUGAGUCAACCAACAUCCAUUUAUUGAUAUCAAUUUUGCGGAAAGAAAACAGUCAUGUACUAUACUUUGGCAAUCCUCUCCGGUCUUUUGACCUUCAUCACUUUCACUACCACUGUGACUGCCCACGGCUUCGUUCAAGGCAUCGUCACAAAUGGAAAAUGGUACCCUGGCGCUCAACCCUGGUGGCGCGUCAACCCUCAAAUCACCCAUGCCAAAUCUGCCGGAUGGUCAUCUCUGAAUCAAGAUCUUGGCUUCAUCUCUCCUUCUGAAUAUGGAACUGCAGACAUUGCUUGCCACAAGAGUGCUAAAAGCACCAACACUCGUAUCCCCGUGAAGGCUGGCGACAAGGUCAAGCUUCUCUGGUCCGACUGGCCUCAAAGCCACAAAGGUCCUGUUAUCAGCUAUCUGGCCAAGUGCCCUGGCGAUUGCUCGAUUGUCAACCCUACCACUCUUGACUGGUUCAAGAUUGACCAAGCAGGUCUGAUCAAUGGCAACCCUGCUCCUGGCACAUGGGCCUCUGAUACCCUCAUCGCAAACAACAACUCCUGGACUGUCACAAUACCUUCUUCUCUGAUUGCAGGCUCUUACGUCCUCCGCCACGAGAUCAUUGCCCUCCACUCAGCCGACCAAGCCAACGGUGCUCAGAACUACCCCAACUGCAUCAACUUCCAGAUCAGUGGAAAGGGUACUGCCAAGCCCGCUGGUGUCAAAGCGACCAAGUUGUACUCGGCCACCAGCAAGAGCAUCGCCAUCUCCAUCUACUGGCCUGUAUUGAAGAGCUACACCAUCCCUGGACCUGCGCUCUGGAAGGGAGCUGUGAAGCGUUGGGUCGAGAGAAUCUUCGAGGCAUAGAGGAAUUCCGAAGAGUUUCUUUUUUUGGCUCGGACGGUGUUGAGAAGAAAUAGUAAUAAUUAGCUCUAGAUAUGUAGAUGCUCUCGAUAUCCUACAGGUUGGGAUGUCGACAACACCAAAAAAAACAAUGCAACCUUCCGAAAAUAUGGUACAACAAACAUGGAAAUGAAAGGUGCAAAUGAAAAUACCAGGGGGUCUAGGAUAAAUGAUGAGUUUAUCAGGGUGGGUGGAUAUGAUGAUGAGGACGGGGAAGAGUGCAUGACCAGACCUCGAAGAUCAUACGUGGAGGCAGGAGUAAGGGUGAAAGUGGGGAG